UCACCGGUUCAGGGUGUCGGCGUCGCUUGGUGGGCACCGAGGUGACGGAGCGAAGAGCCGGAGGAGAGAAGUUGGCCCCGCUGCCCAGAGGCGGCUGUGAGGCCCCCUGCGCCCGUAGUUGACGACGGUGCCCUAGUUCCCGCCCCGCUCGCCGCCUCUCCCGGCUCCGUUCUUCCCACCUGCCGGUGACGGAGGCGGCCCUGAUGAGGCCGGCUCAGGAAGGAUGGAUGCCUCAUCAACUAAAAUGGGCAAAGUCAGCUUUAGGAGGAAUUUGCAGGUGGAAUAAGGAGAGUCCAUUUUUGUCCACGUCACAAAUGUUCCAGAAACUCCCAAGGGGAGGUGUUGAGUGGGCACUUUUACACAGAGGGCUGGAGUUCAGAGGACGUAUUCAGGAUGGAGACAGCCACAACAGAGUGGCUGUGUGGACUACGAUGAAGCCGAAGGACCGUGUGGUCUUUGAGGACGUGGCUGUGUAUUUCUCCCAGGAGGAGUGGGGCCUCCUUGAUGAAGCUCAGAGACACUUGUACCAUGCUGUGAUGAUGGAGAACUUUGCACUUGUGACCUCCCUAGGUUGUUGGCAUGGAGCACAGGAUGAGGAGGCACCUUCUGAGCAAAGUGUUUCUGUAGGGAUGUCAGAGGUUGGGACUCCAAAGCCAGAUCCAUCCACCAAGAAGGCCCAGCCCUAUGAGAUGUGUGACCCACUGUCCAAAGACCAUUUGCACCUACCUGAGCAUGACGGAAUGUACCCUGAUGAAGGGCUGUAUAUUUGUGGGGCAAACCUUUUCCAGCACCAGAAGGAGCAGAUUAGAGACAAACUUUCCAGAAGGGAUGAGGGGCAGCCUUCAUUUCUUACCAACAGCAACAUUCACUCGGCAGAGAGGACCUUGACAUGCAGCAGAGAAAGAAAGGACUUCCCAGGCAGCAUAGGCCUUCUGAAGCAGCCGACCCCUCAUAAUGCGGGGAAGCCACACAGGGACACUGAGUGUGGGGAAGCUUUUGAUAGUGGGCAGAGUGAUUACAGGUGCACUCAGUGUGGGAAAGCCUUCCGUCAAAAACAGAUCCUUGUUGAGCACCAGAAAAUCCACACUGGUGUAAGGCCUUAUGAGUGCAGCAAAUGUGGGAUGGCCUUCAUUAGAAAGUUUCACCUUGUUCAGCACCAGAGAAUCCAUACUGGAGAAAGGCCUUUUCAGUGCAGUGAAUGUGGGAAAUGCUUUAGGUACAACUCCACACUCAUUAGUCAUCAGAGAGUUCACACUGGAUUGAGCCCUUAUGAGUGCAGCAAAUGUGGGGAAUUCUUCAAGUACAAUGCCAACUUCAUGAAACAUCAGAGAAAACACAAUGGAGAAAGGCCUUAUGAGUGCAGAGAAUGUGGAAAAUUCUUUAGGUACAACUAUAGACUGGUAAGGCAUGGGAGAGUUCACAGUGGAGAACGACCUUAUAAGUGCAGCGAAUGUGGGAAAUUUUUCAGGUACAGCUCCACAUUCAUUAGACAUCAGAGAGUUCAUACUUCAGAAAGGCCUUAUAAGUGUAAUGAAUGUGGGAAAUAUUUUAGGUAUAAUUCCACACUCAUUAAACACCAGAGAGUUCACACUGGAGAAAGGCCUUAUGAGUGCACUGAAUGUGGGAAAUUCUUUAGGUACACAUCCACCCUCAUUAGACAUCAAAGAGUUCAUACUGUAGAAAGGCCUUAUGAGUGCAGCUUGUGUGGGGAAUACUUUAGGUCCAAGUCCAAACUCAUUAAACAUUGGCAAAAUCACACUGGAGAAAGGCCUUACGAGUGCAGUGAAUGUGGAAAGGCAUUUAGGUACCACUGCAGACUCAUUAGACAUAAGAGAGUUCACAGUGGAGAGAGGCCUUUCGAGUGCAGCGAAUGUGGGAAAUUCUUUCGAUACAACUCCAACCUCAUUAAACAUUGGAGAAAUCACACAGGCGAGAGGCCUUAUGAGUGCAGAGAGUGUGGGAAAGCCUUUAGCCACAAGCAUAUACUUGUUGAGCAUCAGAAAAUCCAUACUGGAGAAAGGCCUUAUGAGUGCAGCAGAUGUCAGAAAGCCUUCAUUAGGAAGUCCCACCUUGUUCAUCACCAGAAAAUCCACAGAAGACAAUAUGAGUGCUGUGAAUGUGGGGAAUUCAUUAGAUACAACUCCAACCUCAUGAAGCAGAGAAUUCACAGUGGUAAAGGCCUUAUGAAAGGGCCUACUGUAUAGCACAGGGAAUUAUAUUCAGUAUCUUGUAAUAACUUAUAAUGGAAAAGAAUUUGGAAAAGAAUUAUAUAUAUAUAAUAUAUAUAUAAACUAAAUCACUUUGCUGUACACCUGAAACAUUGUAAAUCAACUAUACUUCAAUUAAAAAACAAAAGACCUUACAA